AUGAACAUUUACAGACUUUCCGGGGAUCUCACCCACCUCUUGGCCCUCGUCAUCCUAUUGGUGAAGAUUUGGAAGUCUCGGUCAUGCGCCGGUGAGUGUCUCCAUGAUUUCCGGGUUUCGGGGAGGUCGCAGGUGCUGUUUGCCAUGGUUUACACGACGAGAUUUCUGGAUCUUUUUACAAAUUUUGUCUCCGUCUACAACUCGGUCAUGAAGGUGGUGUUCAUUGCGAUCACCUUCGUCACCGUGUACCUCAUAUACGUGAAGUUUAAGGACUCCUACGACAGCGACCACGACACGUUCAGCAUCUACCUAGAGUCAGUGGCAAUCCUCCCGCAGCUGACCAUGGUGUGCAAGACCGGGGAAGCGGAUGGCACGAUGUCCCUCUAUCUGCUCACCCUCGGCUCCUACCGAGCGUGGUAUAUCCUCAACUGGAUGUACCGCUACUACUUUGAGGGAUUCUUCGAUCCAAUCGCAGUGGUGGCUGGAGUCGUCCAAACGAUCGACGUCGGUUGUACCUACAUCGUUGUCGAGUGGAGCAUUUCUAAACGCGCUGAUGAGGAAGACGAGACGCAGUUUGAUGACGUUGAGAAGCUCGCUUGUCCUCUCAUCCCUGGAUCCCUCGAUCAGCUGAAGUUUGCC